AUGUCAGUUCAACAAAGGACAACAAGAUACAUGUGUAGGAUCUUUUUCUUUUUAUUCUUUUUUUCAGUGUCAUAUAAAACAUUAUUGAAUAUAUAUUUAUACAAUGAAAUUUUCCUAACAAAUGGACAAUGUGUUAAUAUAUAUUCAAGAUGUCUAGGAGAAUUAUUAAAGGAUCCCGAAGAAAGGGAUGAGCCCAUUUUGAAAGUGAGUGAAAAUGAUAAUAUUGAAAGUAAGCAAAAUUUAUAUGAUGAGUAUUAUUAUAAAAAGAAAAUAUUAAUCGAUAAUAUAUGUAAGGAGUACUAUAAAUUAAUGAUUAAAGCCAAAGAAAAUGAAUCUAAUAAGAAUAAAAAUUUUAAUGAUAUUAAGGAAUUUCCUAAAAGCGAUGAACAGAAGGAUAAUUUAUCAAGUAAUGAAAGUUUAGAAGUUCAAGGAGAAAAUUGCAAUACAAUAACUAAAUCACCAUUAGAAAUAGAAAAAAAUAAAUCUGUUGUUGAGUUAUUAUAUGACGACAGGAAUCCGGAAAUAAACUUUUUUACAAACAAAGAUAAUUUAAAAAUAGCUAGGUAUACUUGGAAGAUAGAAAAUCCGAAAGCUUACAUUUUUGCUCUACAUGGUUUAACUACACAUUUAAGAAAUGAAUAUUUAAUUUGUUCUGGUAUGCCUGAAUGGGUUGAAAGAAAUAGAAAGGAAGGUGAAAGUGUUAAUGAGACUGAUUAUAGUAUAGGUAAAAUUUUGGAUUAUUUUAAGGAAUAUAGUAAUGAUAAUAAUAUGUUCAAAAUUUUAUAUGAUAAGAUAGAAUUUAUGAUUAAGGAGAAAUUAUUAUCAACUGAUGAAAAUGAAUUAACAAAUAUUAAUAAAGGAAAUGAUGUAAGUUCAAUAUAUAAUAAUGUAUUUAAAAAUUUAUAUGAUAAGUUUGAAGUUAUUAUUAAGGAGAACUUAUUGACCAAAGACGAAAAUGAGAUAACAAAUAUUAAUAAAGGAAAGGAUAUAAGUGAUAUAUAUAAUAAUAUGUUCAAAAGUUUAUAUGAUAAAGUUGAAGUUAUUUUUAAGGAGAACCUAUUGACCAAAGACGAAAAUGAGAUAACAAAUAUUAAAAAAGAAAAGGAUAUAAGUGAUAUAUAUAACAAUAUAUUCAAAACUGUAUAUGAUAAAAUGGAAUGUAUUAUAAAGGAAAAAAUAUGGAAUAAAGAUGGAAAGGAGACAUUAAAUGAAAAAAACGUGGUUGAUCCAAAUAUUAUUCAUAAUAAUAAUGAGGAAGAAAAUGCUCAUAAUGUAAAUGCGAAUGGGGAAACAAGUGAAGGUUUAAGUAAUAAUAAUGUUGAAAAUAAGGAUUAUAAAAGAAGUAAUGAUAAUGAUGUUACUAGUAAUAGUGAUAUUAAUAAAAACAUUGUUCAGAAAGAAAAUAAUGUGUCUAUGUUAUAUGAUUUAUAUGAUGUAUUAAAGGAUAAUUUUGAUAUUGACAUUGAAUCAUACGCAUUAUAUAAUAGAUCUAAUAUUAAUGAAAACAGUGAAUUGUUUGAAAGUUUAUCCUUAUAUCUAUCUUCUUUAGAAGGUAUAUAUUACUAUAGAAAUAUUAGAAGUUUAUUAAUUAAACAAUUGUUUGACGAUAUAGGACAGUAUGCUAAUAAUUUAAAAAUGUUUGUUAAUGAUGAUAAUGUUUUACUAAUGGAUGAAACUGAUGUUAAUGAUUAUGUAGAUAAUAAAUAUUACUUUUGUUCUACUUGUGGUAUUUGUGAUUCUUGCAAUUGUGGUAAGCGAGUCUUAUCAUAUAAAAAUAGUUGGAUUGAAAAAUUUAAUAAUAAUGGCUUUACAUUUAUUGGAAUAGAUAACCAGUCUCAUGGUUUAUCAGAUGGAGCUCGAAACCAACGAUGUUUUGUUGAAAAUUUUGAGAAUUUUGUUUUAGAUACUGUUCAAGCGUUAGAAAUAUUUAUAAAUGAAUACAAAGAGAAAAAUGAAUUAAAGCCUAUAAUAAUUUUGGGAACAUCAAUGGGUGGAUGUAUAGCUUUAAGAACUAUUGAAGCUAUAUAUAAAGGUAAUAAGGAAUGGAAAGAUAAUAUUAAAGGUUUAGUUCUUAUUUCACCUAUGAUAAGUAUUGAGAAUCAUAAGCGUAAAUUAAUUAAUAGAAUAUUAUAUAGGUUAUGUAGAUAUGUUAAAAAAUAUAUACCACUUUAUGAAAUGGAUCUUUUAUAUGAGAAACACAAAUAUCCCUGGAUUAAAGGUGACACAGAUAUUGAUCCUAAUCAUUAUUCUGACGGUGUGAAACUUGGAGCAGCUACAGAAUGUGUAUUAGCAGCUGAUAAAUGUUUAAUUCCUGAAAUAUUAAAAUAUAUAGAAGAGAGUGAUAUGGACAUUUUUGUUCUUCAGUCAAAAUAUGAUAAUACUGUUGAUCCUACAGGUCCUGUUGAUUUCGUUAAAAAAAUGGUAGAAUUGUACAACAAAAACGAUGAUGAAAAUUCUAAUGCUAAAGGGGAUGAUAAUGAAAAUGAAACUGAAGGAUUAAAUACUCCUACUGCAUCGGACGAGACUAAUAAUGAUAAAGAGAAAAGAGAUAUAUCACUAAGAGAUGAAAACAUAUCUAAGGCUGAUGACAUUCAAAAUGAUAUAACUGGAGCAUGUCAAAAUAUAGAGAAUUAUGUACUUUUAUCCGGAAAUGAUUUGACAGAACAACAAAAAUUAUGGUAUUCAUGUGAUCAUGGAUAUUAUAAAAACUUUUUAACGAAAAGAUUGGGUAAAACCAAUGAUUUAAAUACCAAAAAUGGUGAAGAUUCUUUUAAACGUUUAAGUGCUCAUAUAUUGAAUUAUGGUUCCCACAGAUUAGCUUGCGAACCCGAUACAGAACGAACUGUUAAAAUUUUAAUUGAUUGGCUAAAUAAUAUAUUUGUAUAA